GGCCUGGCCGCCAGGCCCUCCCUCCUGCUUCCUCUCCCGAGGGCUGUCCUGGCAGAGGCCCCCCUCGCUCUUUCUGGCGGGAACAGGGCCAGCAGCGAAAGAACAGUCGCAGAGGGAAAGCGGGAAAGAGAUGGGGGAAAGUGUGUGUGUGUGAGUGUGCGCUUGUGUGCAUGUGUGUGCGUGUGUGUGUCAAGGAAAAAAGCUCGCAGUCCAGCAGCCCGGGCCUGGGAGGCUUGUGAGCUGGGCCUUUCGUAAUUGUCCCCUCCCCGCGGCCCCCUCCCCCAGGCCUCCCCCCUCUCCUGCCCUCCCGCCCGCCCUCUCUCCCUCCCUCCUUCCCUCGCAGCCGACGAGGCAGCAAUUAGGCUUGGGGGAUAAAACGAGGUGCGGAGAGCGGGCUGGGGCAUUUCUCCCCGAGAUGGCGGGUCUGACGGCGGCGGCCCCGCGGCCCGGAGUCCUCCUGCUCCUGCUGUCCAUCCUCCACCCCUCUCGGCCUGGAGGAGUCCCUGGGGCCAUUCCUGGUGGAGUUCCUGGAGGAGUCUAUUAUCCAGGGGCUGGUCUCGGAGGCCUUGGAGGAGGAGCGCUGGGGCCUGGAGGCAAACCUCUCAAGCCAGGUCCCGGAGGGCUUGCGGGCACUGGCCUUGGGGCAGGGCUCGGCGCCUUCCCUGCAGGUGCCUUUCCGGGGGCUCUGGUGCCUGGCGGAGUGGCUGAUGCUGCUGCAGCUUACAAAGCUGCCAAGGCUGGCACUGGGCUCGGUGGUGUCCCAGGAGUUGGUGGCAUUGGUGCCAACUCUGAUGUGGCCCCUUCUGUACCAGGUGCGGUGGUUCCUCAGCCUGGAGCCGGAGUGAAGCCUGGGAAAGUGCCGGGUGUGGGGCUGCCAGGUGUAUACCCAGGUGGAGUGCUCCCAGGAGCUCGGUUCCCCGGUGUGGGGGUGCUCCCUGGAGUUCCCACCGGAGCAGGAGUUAAGCCCAAGGCUCCAGGUGUAGGUGGAGCUUUUGCUGGAAUCCCAGGAGUUGGACCCUUUGGGGUACAGCAACCUGGAGUCCCACUGGGGUACCCCAUCAAGGCCCCCAAGCUGCCCGGUGGCUAUGGACUGCCCUACAGCACAGGGAAACUACCUUACGGCUAUGGGCCCGGAGGAGUGGCUGGUGCAGCGGGCAAGGCUGGUUACCCAACCGGGACAGGGGUUGGCCCCCAGGCAGCAGCAGCAGCGGCAGCUAAAGCGGCAGCAAAGUUGGGGAGAGGAAGUGCUGGAGUCCUCCCUGGUGUUGGAGUGGGCGGUGUUCCUGGCGUGCCUGGGGCAAUUCCUGGAAUUGGAGGCAUCGCAGGUGUUGGGACUCCAGCUGCAGCUGCAGCUGCAGCAGCAGCUGCUAAGGCAGCCAAGUACGGAGCUGCUGCAGGCUUAGUGCCUGGUGGGCCAGGCUUUGGCCCGGGAGUAGUUGGUGUCCCAGGAGCUGGCAUUCCAGGUGUUGGUGUCCCAGGAGCUGGCAUUCCAGGUGUUGGUGUCCCAGGAGCUGGCAUUCCAGGUGCUGGGGUUCCAGGGGCUGUGUCACCAGCUGCAGCUGCUAAGGCAGCUGCGAAGGCAGCCAAAUACGGGGCCAGGGCCGGAGUCGGAGUUGGAGGCAUUCCUACUUUUGGGGUUGGAGCUGGGGGCUUUCCCGGCUAUGGUGUCGGAGUCGGAGGCAUCCCCGGAGUCGGAGGUGUUCCCGGAGUCGGAGGUGUCCCGGGAGUUGGCAUUUCCCCUGAAGCUCAGGCAGCAGCUGCCGCCAAGGCUGCCAAGUAUGGAGUGGGGACCCCAGCAGCUGCAGCUGCUAAAGCAGCCGCCAAAGCCGCCCAGUUUGGGUUAGUUCCUGGUGUCGGCGUGGCUCCUGGCGUUGGCGUGGCUCCUGGAGUUGGCGUGGCUCCUGGCGUUGGUGUGGCUCCUGGCGUUGGCGUGGCUCCUGGUGUUGGUGUGGCUCCUGGCGUUGGCGUGGCUCCUGGCGUUGGCAUCGGCCCUGGUGGAGUUGCAGCGGCAGCGAAAUCUGCUGCCAAGGCAGCCGCCAAAGCCCAGCUCCGAGCUGCAGCUGGGCUUGGUGCUGUUCCUGGACUUGGAGUUGGUGCUGUUCCUGGACUUGGAGUUGGUGUCGGCGUCCCUGGACUUGGAGUUGGUGCUGGUGUUCCUGGCUUCGGGGCAGUACCCGGAGCCCUGGCUGCCGCUAAAGCAGCCAAAUAUGGAGCAGGAGUGCCUGGGGCCCUUGGAGGGGUCGGGGCUCUCGGUGGAGUAGGCAUCCCAGGCGGUGUGGUGGGAGCCGGACCCGCCGCCGCUGCUGCUGCAGCCAAAGCUGCUGCCAAAGCUGCCCAGUUUGGCCUAGGGGGACCUGCUGGACUCGGAGUCGGAGGACUCGGAGUCGGAGGGCUUGGAGUCGUCCCAGGUGUUGGGGGCCUUGGAGGUAAGAGUUGUUCUGAAAUCACCCAGCUCAGGCCUCCCUCUGGCUCCCCCUACCCCUGA